GUUUUAAGUUUCAAUCGCCGCAGACGCCAGAGCUUUCAGAGAGAGAGAGAGAGAGAGAGAGAGAGAAUUAUGGCCGCCGAUUUACAGUUGCCGGCGGGAUUUAGGUUUCAUCCGACCGAUGAUGAACUCGUGAUGCAUUACUUGUGCCGUAAAUGUGCAUCGCAUCCGAUUUCGGCGCCGAUUAUUGCUGAAAUCGAUCUGUAUAAAUACAACCCUUGGGAACUUCCUGGUCUGGCUUUUUAUGGAGAGAAGGAGUGGUACUUCUUUACGCCGAGGGAUCGGAAGUAUCCGAACGGUUCGAGGCCGAACAGGGCUGCUGGUAGUGGUUAUUGGAAGGCGACCGGCGCUGAUAAACCGAUCGGGCAGCCGAAGGCCGUCGGGAUUAAGAAGGCGUUGGUGUUUUACGCCGGGAAAGCUCCUAAGGGCGAGAAAACGAAUUGGAUCAUGCACGAGUACCGGCUCGCUAAUUCGGACCCGUCGGCUCGCAAGAAGAACAGUCUUAGGUUAGACGAUUGGGUACUCUGCCGCAUAUACAACAAAAAAGGAGUAAUCGAAAAGCAACCUCCGCACCACGGUUCAAUCAACUCGCCGGAAUUGAACACAAUCGGAGUCAUGGAAAACGAUGAUCAGGAAGAGAAGCCGGAUGUGCUCAACGUUUCCGGCCGAGUUCAGUCGCCGUCGUCCGACGUGAUGACCGAUUACAUAAACUUCGAAUUAUCGGAUUCGAUUCCUCGUCUUUACACGGAUUCGAGCAGCUCCGAGCAGGUGAUGUCGUCGGAGUUCACGAGCGAGGUCCAGAGCCAGCCGAGAUUGAAGGAAGAGCACUCUGGAUUCACGUUCAAUUACCUGGACACUUCACUGGAGGACGCGUUUUGUUCGCAGUUUCCGACAUUAAAUCAGAUGUCGCCAUUGCAGGAUAUGUUCAUGUACCUUCAGAAGCCAUUUUGAAUUCGACGUGUCGUCUGGUUGAUCUAAACGUCAGUUUCGGAAAUUCGACGGCACACUCGUCGGUCACUGUGCCGGUCGAGGAUUUCCCCGUCGACAGCCGCCGUGUCGAUGAGAUCGAAAACCGCGAUGGUGGCGGCGGCUGUGGCGGAGAUCGGAACCGACAUGUAUUUGUAGCGAUGAGCGAUUUUAGCACGUGUUAUGUGGGUGUAUAUAUUUUGUUAAACGUGCGAAUAAUGGGAAAACGUUUUUAAUAUUGUUUGAAUA